UUUGUGGAAUAACAUCAGCAAUUAAUGAUAAAUCAUUGACUACUGCAAUGCUUUCAGAGUGAGAUUAUCUUACAUAUGUAAUAAAAGAGUCCUUAAGAAUGGACCCACCUUCAAUGAAUACUUCACCCUAUAUGACUUAUGAAGAGGUUGAGAUUUGUGGAGUGAAAAUUCCUUCAAAAAUCAAAAUGAUGAUCAAUGUUGUUGGAUGUCACUAUAAUUCAGACCAAUGGCAUGAGCCUACUAAGUUUAUCCCAGAGAGAUUCGAUCCCACCAGUGAAUAUUUCCUAAAGCCCGGAACAGAUGACGUCAGGGAUCCAUUAGCAUUUAUCCCUUUCUCUACUGGAAAGAGAUCUUGUCCUGGUAUGUCAUUUGCAUUAACAGAGAUGAAGGUGUACCUCUCCUUCCUAAUCUCCAAGUUUGAUUACUCUAUCAAGCCAGAAAUGUUGAGCAAUCCAAAAGUGAGAUUUGGGUUAGAUUCCAAUUACAAGCUCGACAUCAAGAUCAAGAAGAAGCACUAACUAUACAGCACAAACCAGGAAUCUUUCAAUUCUU